UGGGGUUAUAAAUAUGAGUGCACCGAGCUCAGGUGUCAUUUAGCCAAAUUCCUCCGUAAGGCUCAAACGUAAAUCAGUGGCCAUGAAAACUAAUAAAUCUUUGAGAGAUUUUAUACUAUUAAAUGUGUUUACAGUAAUACUAAUAGUGCAGAUAAAAGCCGAAAAUAAUGAAAUUUUAAGCAAACGAACUUAUCAAAGUGAUAAUGGGCUUGAUCUAAGUGAUUCGUUUAAUAAAGUUUUGCCAAAAGACAAACUGAAUCGUUACCAGUCACACCAAUACGAUGACGGGGCACCAAAGUUAGAAAUCGAAAACACAGUUUUCAAGUUUACAAAAGCAGACGACUUUACGAAUAACCUUGAAGAUAGCAGCACGAGCAAUAAAAAUUCAGCUUUUCCAAAAGAAACCACUAUAACUAGACCUCAGGAUGACACAUCCAAAGAUGAUUUAACACAGAUUGCUGAUGAAACCACAACAACGAAAAAAUAUGAAGAAAGCACUGAAAACGGGGAGAGUACUACAUCAGGACCUGAGGAGGAUACUACUCUAGGGGAUUCUACACCGAUUCAUGACGAAACCACCACAGCUGCCCCGGACUUAACGAUUGAUCCAGAGGAAAGCAACACGAUCAAGGAUGGCACAACUAUUUCAGAUGAAACCAUCACAGAUGCCCAGGACUCAACGAUUGAUCCGGAGGAAAGCACUACGAUCGAGGAUGGCUCAACUGAACCAGAAGAAACCACAACAAAUGGAUCUGGGGAUGACACUACCGUAGAAAAUUCUAAACCGAUUCCUGACGAAACCACCACAGCUGCCCAGGACUCAACGAUCGAUCCGGAGGAAAGCACUACGAUCGAGGAUAGUACAACUGUUCCAGAAGAAACCACUACAGAUGGAUCUGGGGAUGACCCUACCGUAGAAAAUUCCACCACCACAGCUGCCCAGGACUCAACGAUCGAUCCGGAGGAAAGCACUACGAUCGAGGAUAGUACAACUGUUUCAGAAGAAACCACUACAGACGGAUCUGGGGAUGACACUACCGCAGAAAAUUCUACACCGAUUCCUGACGAAACCACCACAGCUGCCCAGGACUCAACGAUCGACACGGAGGAAAGCACUACGAUCGAGGAUAGUACAACUGUUCCAGAAGAAACCACUACAGAUGGAUCUGGGGAUGACACUACCGCAGAAAAUUCUACACCGAUUCCUGACGAAACCACCACAGCUGCCCAGGACUCAACGAUCGAUCCGGAGAAAAGCACUACGAUUGAGGAUAGUACAACUGUUCCAGAAGAAACCACUACAGAUGGAUCUGGGGAUGACCCUACCGUAGAAAAUUCUACGCCGAUUCCUGACGAAAACACCACAGCUGCCCAGGACUCAACGAUUGAUCCAGAGGAAAGCACUACGAUCGAGGAUGGCACAACUGUACCAGAAGAAACCACAACUGAUGGAUCUGGCGAUGACACUACCGCAGAAAAAUCUACACCGAUUCCUGACGAAACCACCACAGCUGCCCAGGACUCAACGAUUGAUAUGGAGGACAGCACUACGAUCGAAGAUGGCACAACUGUUCCAGAAGAAACCACAACUGAUGGAUCUGGCGAUGACACUACCGAAGAAAAUUCUACGCCGAUUCCUGACGAAACCACCACAGCUGCCCAGGACUCAACGAUUGAUCCAGAGGAAAGCACUACGAUCGAGGAUAGCACAACUGUACCAGAAGAAACCACUGCAGAGGGAUCUGGGGAUGACACCACCGCAGAAAAUUCUACACCGAUUCCUGCCAAAACCACCACAGCUACCCAGGACUCAACGAUCGAUCCGGAGGAAAGCACUACGAUCGAGGAUAGUACGACAGUUCCAGAAGAAACCACUACAGAGGGAUCUGGCGAUGACACCACCGCAGAAAAAUCAACACCGAUUCCUGACGAAACCACCACAGCUGGCCAGGACUCAACGAUCGAUCCGGAGGAAAGCACUACGAUCGAGGAUAAUACAAGUGUUCCAGAAGAAACCACUACAGAUGGAUCUGGGGAUGACCCUACCGAAGAAAAUUCUACGCCGAUUCCUGACGAAACCACCACAGCUCCCCAGGACUCAACGAUUGAUCCAGAGGAAAGCACUACGAUCGAGGAUGGCACAACUGUACCAGAAGAAACCACAACUGAUGGAUCUGGCGAUGACACUACCGCAGAAAAAUCUACACCAAUUCCUGACGAAACCACCACAGCUGCCCAGGACUCAACGAUCGAUCCGGAGGAAAGCACUACGAUCGAGGAUAGUACAACUGUUCCAGAAGAAACCACUACAGAGGGAUCUGGGGAUGACAUUACUGUAGAAAAUUCUUCACCGAUUCCUGACGAAACCACCACAGCUACCCAGGACUCAACGAUCGAUCCGGAGGAAAGCACUACGAUCGAGGAUAAUACAACUGUUCCAGAAGAAACCACUACAGAUGGAUCUGGGGAUGACCCUACCGCAGAAAAUUCUACGCCGAUUCCUGACGAAACCACCACAGCUCCCCAGGACUCAACGAUUGAUCCAGAGGAAAGCACUACGAUCGAGGAUGGCACAACUGUACCAGAAGAAACUACAACUGAUGGAUCUGGCGAUGACACUACCGCAGAAAAAUCUACACCGAUUCCUGACGAAACCACCACAGCUGCCCAGGACUCAACGAUCGAUCCGGAGGAAAGCACUACGAUCGAGGAUAGUACAACUGUUCCAGAAGAAACCACUACAGAGGGAUCUGGCGAUGACACCACCGCAGAAAAUUCUACACCGAUUCCUGCCGAAACCACCACAGCUACCCAGGACUCAACGAUCGAUCCGGAGGAAAGCACUACGAUCGAGGAUAGUACAACUGUUCCAGAAGAAACCACUACAGAGGGAUCUGGGGAUGACACCACCGCAGAAAAUUCUAAACCGAUUCCUGACGAAACCACCACAGCUACCCAGGACUCAACGAUCGAUCCGGAGGAAAGCACUACGAUCGAGGAUAAUACAACUGUUCCAGAAGAAACCACUACAGAUGGAUCUGGGGAUGACCCUACCGAAGAAAAUUCUACGCCGAUUCCUGACGAAAACACCACAGCUGCCCAGGACUCAACGAUUGAUCCAGAGGAAAGCACUACGAUCGAGGAUGGCACAACUGUACCAGAAGAAACCACAACUGAUGGAUCUGGCGAUGACACUACCGCAGAAAAAUCUACACCGAUUCCUGACGAAACCACCACAGCUGCCCAGGACUCAACGAUCGAUCCGGAGGAAAGCACUACGAUCGAGGAUAGUAUAACUGUUCCAGAAGAAACCACUACAGAGGGAUCUGGGGAUGACACCACCGCAGAAAAUUCUACACCGAUUCCUGCCGAAACCACCACAGCUACCCAGGACUCAACGAUCGAUCCGGCGGAAAGCACUACGAUCGAGGAUAGUACAACUGUUCCAGAAGAAACCACUACAGAGGGAUCUGGGGAUGACACCACCGCAGAAAAUUCUACACCGAUUCCUGCCGAAACCACCACAGCUACCCAGGACUCAACGAUCGAUCCGGCGGAAAGCACUACGAUCGAGGAUAGUACAACUGUUCCAGAAGAAACCACUACAGAGGGAUCUGGGGAUGACCCUACCGAAGAAAAUUCUACGCCGAUUCCUGACGAAACCACCACAGCUCCCCAGGACUCAACGAUUGAUCCAGAGGAAAGCACUACGAUCGAGGAUGGCACAACUGUACCAGAAGAAACCACAACUGAUGGAUCUGGCGAUGACACUACCGCAGAAAAAUCUACACCAAUUCCUGACGAAACCACCACAGCUGCCCAGGACUCAACGAUCGAUCCGGAGGAAAGCACUACGAUCGAGGAUAGUACAACUGUUCCAGAAGAAACCACUACAGAGGGAUCUGGGGAUGACACCACCGCAGAAAAUUCUACACCGAUUCCUGCCGAAACCACCACAGCUACCCAGGACUCAACGAUCGAUCCGGCGGAAAGCACUACGAUCGAGGAUGGCACAACUGUUCCAGAAGAAACCACUACAGAGGGAUCUGGGGAUGACACCACCGCAGAAAAUUCUACACCGAUUCCUGACGAAACCACCACAGCUACCCAGGACUCAACGAUCGAUCCGGAGGAAAGCACUACGAUCGAGGAUAAUACAACUGUUCCAGAAGAAACCACUACAGAUGGAUCUGGGAAUGACCCUACCGAAGAAAAUUCUACGCCGAUUCCUGACGAAACCACCACAGCUGCCCAGGACUCAACGAUUGAUCCAGAGGAAAGCACUACGAUCGAGGAUGGCACAACUGUACCAGAAGAAACCACAACUGAUGGAUCUGGCGAUGACACUACCGCAGAAAACUCUACACCGAUUCCUGACGAAACCACCACAGCUGCCCAGGACUCAACGAUCGAUCCGGAGGAAAGCACUACGAUCGAGGAUAGUACAACUGUUCCAGAAGAAACCACUACAGAGGGAUCUGGGGAUGACACCACCGCAGAAAAUUCUACACCGAUUCCUGCCGAAACCACCACAGCUACCCAGGACUCAACGAUCGAUCCGGCGGAAAGCACUACGAUCGAGGAUAGUACAACUGUUCCAGAAGAAACCACUACAGAGGGAUCUGGCGAUGACACCACCGCAGAAAAUUCUACACCGAUUCCUGACGAAACCACCACAGCUGCCCAGGACUCAACGAUCGAUCCGGAGGAAAGCACUACGAUCGAGGAUAGUACAACUGUUCCAGAAGAAACCACUACAGAGGGAUCUGGGGAUGACACCACCGCAGAAAAUUCUACGCCGAUUCCUGACGAAACCACCACAGCUGCCCAGGACUCAACGAUUGAUCCAGAGGAAAGCACUACGAUCGAGGAUGGCACAACUGUACCAGAAGAAACCACAACUGAUGGAUCUGGCGAUGACACUACCGCAGAAAAAUCUACACCGAUUCCUGACGAAACCACCACAUCUGCCCAGGACUCAACGAUUGAUCCAGAGGAAAGCACUACGAUCGAGGAUGGCACAACUGUACCAGAAGAAACCACAACUGAUGGAUCUGGCAAUGACACUACCGUAGAAAGUUCUACACCGAUUCCUGACGAGGGCUCAACGAUCGGUCCGGAGGAAAGCACUACGAUCAAGGAUGUCACAACUGUACCGGAAGAAACCACAACUGAUGUAAAUGGGGAUGACACUAACACAGAAAAUUCUACACCGGUUCCUGACGAAACCACCACUGCUGCCCAGGACUCAACGAUCGAUCCGGGGGAAAGCACAACGAUCGAGGAUGGCUCAACUGUACCAGAAGAAACCACAACUGAUGGAUCUGGCGAUGACACUACCGCAGAAAACUCUACACCGAUUCCUGACGAAACCACCACAGCUGCCCAGGACUCAACGAUCGAUCCGGAGGAAAGCACUACGAUCGAGGAUAGUACAACUGUUCCAGAAGAAACCACUACAGAGGGAUCUGGGGAUGACACCACCGCAGAAAAUUCUACACCGAUUCCUGCCGAAACCACCACAGCUACCCAGGACUCAACGAUCGAUCCGGCGGAAAGCACUACGAUCGAGGAUAGUACAACUGUUCCAGAAGAAACCACUACAGAGGGAUCUGGCGAUGACACCACCGCAGAAAAUUCUACACCGAUUCCUGACGAAACCACCACAGCUGCCCAGGACUCAACGAUCGAUCCGGAGGAAAGCACUACGAUCGAGGAUAGUACAACUGUUCCAGAAGAAACCACUACAGAGGGAUCUGGGGAUGACACCACCGCAGAAAAUUCUACGCCGAUUCCUGACGAAACCACCACAGCUGCCCAGGACUCAACGAUUGAUCCAGAGGAAAGCACUACGAUCGAGGAUGGCACAACUGUACCAGAAGAAACCACAACUGAUGGAUCUGGCGAUGACACUACCGCAGAAAAAUCUACACCGAUUCCUGACGAAACCACCACAUCUGCCCAGGACUCAACGAUUGAUCCAGAGGAAAGCACUACGAUCGAGGAUGGCACAACUGUACCAGAAGAAACCACAACUGAUGGAUCUGGCAAUGACACUACCGUAGAAAGUUCUACACCGAUUCCUGACGAGGGCUCAACGAUCGGUCCGGAGGAAAGCACUACGAUCAAGGAUGUCACAACUGUACCGGAAGAAACCACAACUGAUGUAAAUGGGGAUGACACUAACACGGAAAAUUCUACACCGGUUCCUGACGAAACCACCACUGCUGCCCAGGACUCAACGAUCGAUCCGGGGGAAAGCACAACGAUCGAGGAUGGCUCAACUGUACCAGAGGAAACCACAACUGAUGAAUCUGGCGAUGACACCACCGCAGAAAAUUCUACAUCGAUUCCUGACGAAACCACCACAGCUACCCAGGACUCAACGAUCGAUCCGGAGGAAAGCACUACGAUCGAGGAUAGUACAACUGUUCCAGAAGAAACCACUACAGAUGGAUCUGGGGAUGACCCUACCGAAGAAAAUUCUACACCGAUUCCUGACGAAACCACCACAUCUGCCCAGGACUCAACGAUCGAUCCGGGGGAAAGCACAACGAUCGAGGAUGGCUCAACUGUACCAGAGGAAACCACAACUGAUGAAUCUGGCGAUGACACCACCGCAGAAAAUUCUACACCGAUUCCUGACGAAACCACCACAGCUACCCAGGACUCAACGAUCGAUCCGGAGGAAAGCACUACGAUCGAGGAUGGCACAACUGUACCAGAAGAAACCACAACUGAUGGAUGUGGGUAUGACACUACCGUAGAAAGUUCUACACCGAUUCCUGACGAAACCACCACAGCUACCCAGGACUCAACGAUCGAUCCGGAGGAAAGCACUACGAUCGAGGAUAGUACAACUGUUCCAGAAGAAACCACUACAGAGGGAUCUGGGGAUGACACUACCGUAGAAAAUUCUACACCGAUUCCUGCCGAAACCACCACAGCUACCCAGGACUCAACGAUCGAUCCGGAGGAAAGCACUACGAAUGAGGAUGGCUCAACUGUAACAGAAGAAACCACAACUGAUGGAUCUGGGGAUGACACAACCGUAGAAAAUUCUACGCCGAUUCCUGAAGAAACCACUACAGCUGCCCAGGACUCAACGAUUGAUCCAGAGGAAAGCACUACGAUCGAGGAUAGUACAACUGCUCCAGAAGAAACCACUACAAAUGGAUCUGGGGAUGUCACUACCGUAGAAAAUUCUACUCCCAUUCCUGACGAAACCACCACAGCUGCCCAGAACUCAACGAUCGAUCCGGAGGAAAGCACUCCGAUCGAGGAUAGUACAACUGUUCCAGAAGAAACCACAACUGAUGUGUCUGGGGAUGUUACUACCGCAGAAAAUUCUACACCGAUUCCUGACGAAACCACCACAGCUGCCCAGAACUCAACGAUCGAUCCGGAGAAAAGCACUACGAUUGAGGAUAGUACAACUGUUCCAGAAGAAACCACAACUGAUGUAUCUACUACCGCAGAAAAUUCUACACCGAUUCCUGACGAAACCACCACAAGUACCCAGGACUCAACGAUCGAUCCUGAGAAAAGCACCACAAUCGAGGAUGGCACAGCUGUACCAGAAGAGACCACAACUGAUGGAUCUGGAGAUGACACUACCGUAGAAAAUUCUACGUCGCUCCCUGACGAAACCACCACAGCUGCCCUGGGCUCAACGAUUGUUCCAGAAGAUAACACCACCAAUUCGGAUGCUGCCACUGUUCCAGACCAAACGACUUCAACUCAUGCCCCGGAUGAUAGCUCUACCAAAUAUGAUACUUCAACUGUUCCAAGCGAAACUUCUUCAACCACACCCAAAGACAGCUCAACAAGAGAUGAUCCAACGUGGCCUGAUGAAAGUACUACUGCGAGUGAUCCGAAAGACAGCACUACGGGUAACGGUUCCACACUGCUGCCUGGUGAAAGUAGUACAAAUGCUCAAGAUUCCACCAGGAAGCCAGAAGAAAGUACUACAGCUGGCCUGGAACCUACAAAUAAUCCUGGGGAAAACAGCAGUAUUGAGGAUUCUACACCGAUACCCGAUAAAAGCACCACAGCACCAGGCGAUUCUACGAGCAGUUCUACGCCGUCUUCUUCCACAAGCACUGGUUCCCCAACAACUUCAUUCCCUGCCACCACAACUUCAAAUAAACCACUGCCCUCUUGCAGUAGCGGCUCUCAAUAUAUACCGCAUCCAACAAAUUGCCAUAAAUUUAUCCAAUGUAGUAACGGAAAGGAUUUAAUUAUGGAUUGCCCAGGUAAUCUUUAUUGGGACUACCAGAACCUAUAUUGCAGUGGAGACCCGAGUGUUUGUUACAAUGAUGAUGAGAAUCCAGAGGAAAAGGUUUGCGGCCCUGGGGUGGAUUUUAUAGCCCACCCAACAGACUGCACCAAAUAUUAUCAAUGUAGUAACGGCGAAGCAUUGGAGCGCCAAUGUCCGGAACCUCUUUACUGGAACCCUGACAUAAAGGGCUGUGAUUGGUUUAGCAACUACUGCACAAAUCUGCGAGCGAGCGAAUCGAUUUUCUGUGGAUUGGGCAUGAGUUUUGAUGUUUAUCAAAGCGAUUGCUCGAAAUACAUUAAAUGCUUCGGCCUGAGAGGUAUUGUCAUGAGUUGUGAUUCAGGGCUUUACUGGAACCCCAUUAGUAAAGUGUGCGAAAAGUCGCAGCGGUUCUGCACUUAAAUGUAUCUUCUUCGCCAGACCUACCAAAAACGAUAUCUACUCUUGGAAACCAACAAAACAGACAGGCUUGUUAAAUAGUAAAAUUGUUAUAACUUUAUUUAUUCUGAUGGGACUACAUUCUGUUCAUAAAAAAAUAACUUAUUUAAAAAUUACGAAAUGUAAACUUUCCUAAUAAACGGACCCGAUGUUAUAUACUAUUAUAUGUUGCAAAAAAACACAAGAUCGUUUCAAUUUCAUU